UUUGUUUUUUGUUUUCGCCGUCGUUCAGUUUUCUUUUCUUUUGUUGUUUUUCUUUUUUUUGUUUUUCUUACUCUCCCCUCAUCCAAAUUCCUUCAAACCACUGCAGUGCCAAACUGUCUCCAACAGCAAUGGUACACAGUGCUCGCUCUCCUCGGCAGAGGUUGCCCGCGAUUCUCGUCGCGACACUUGUGCUGUUUUGCGUGGGAGUGACUUUCCCGCGCCAUGUCGUCGCAGCCUACAUUGCAGGCGCGCCCGUCAACUGUCCGGUCGCAGGCGAUGCUGCGUAUCAGGAUGUUGAAACUCUAUGCGAUGGAAUUGAUAACGAUUGCGACGGCCGCAUCGAUGUGAUCGACCAGUCGGAGGCGUCGGCCUGCACGAUUUCUUCGUUGCUCGGCGAAUGCAGCAAGGGUUUCUAUCAUUGCAGUCUGCAAACGGCAAACACACGGGCUUGUCUCGGACCCAAGCCACUUCCCGAAAGCUUGAACGGCCUUGAUGAUGAUUGUGACGGCGAGGUGGACAAUGUCCCGAUCAGCGACCAAGUGUACGUUUCGCGCGCGGCCGUGUUUGCCAUCACCGGCGACGACACAUCGAACGACGACGCCUUGUCUGGUGUUGGCGCCAACAUGUACAUGAUGGCUCUGGAGCAGCGUGGCAUUGAAUACGACCUGAUCACCACUGCAGCGAUGGCCGACACGAAGCUGCCCAUCAUGCGCGAUCUGUACUCGCUUGUCAUCUUUUCCGUGGAUUCGCCCUCGACCGAGUUUCUAAACACUCAGCGCCUGGCAGAGUUUGAGCGCUUUGUCUUCCUCGGAGGCGUCAUCAUGUCCUUCUUCCCGACGAGCAGCCCAAACCUCAACCAGUUGCUGGGAAUCACUGGCACACGCAACGAGCGCGACUAUUUUUUCAUUCGCUACUCGACUGACGCUCAGGUUCCGCUUCUCCACUCGCUCGACUCGUUUGAAGAGCUCGAUUUGAUGGUGAGCUCGAGUGCCAACGUGACGCACCAGCUGAAUCUGCUCCAGCCGGCCGCGGGAACAGUGUCGCUCGCCACUGCCUACAAGGGCACCACGGUCGCCGGCACUGCCAUUACCCGGCGCACGUUGGGCACCGGCUCGGUCUACGCGUUUGCGCACGACAUGUGGUGGUAUGUCGGGUCCCGGUGCUACAUUAACUGCUUCUCCCCGGCCAUUGAUGUUCUCGGCCUCAUGAUUCGCUCGGCCCUGCACGAAGGCACCAAAGGCCACUCAAUCAUCAAGCACACUGUUCCCGGCGAGGCCGACUCCAUUCUCAUCCUGACCAGCGACACGCACGACUACUCGGACACGGUCUUUGACUUUGUCGAGACCCUGCUGCAGGUGGACAACCCUCGUCCGCGCGUCUCGUUCUUUUCGCAGACAACGACCAACAUUCACUCGCGCGACCCGACCGCCCUUCGCGAAAUGUGUCGCCUGGGUCAGUGCCCGCUGGGAGGCCACUCGGUUUCGCAUGUCGCCGGCUUCAACAACCUGGUCGAAGGCACGCCGUCCGACACGUACGAGUCCGGCUACGUUGGCACGCUCAACGAAGAUGUCAACGGCACGGCGCUCUACAGCGAGAUUUUGGUCAACAACGAGCUCGUUCAGGCCAUCACUGGCAAGCCAAUGCUCGGAUUCCGAUCGCCGUACCUGCAGCUGCAUCUCAACCAGUACCCCGUCCUCGAACAGGCCGGCAUGGUCGUCGACAGUAGCGUGGCCGUGGGCGACCUGCCGUGCAACCUUCCCAUCGACUUGAAGCUGUGCCAGCCGCUUGUCUACGUCUUCCAGCACGUUGACUUGCUGGAAUUCCCGCUCUCCGGAGAGGACGGUCUCGUAGGCACAGAUGGCGUCCGCUAUGAUUUGCAGCCAGCCAGCUACAAGUGGUUUUUGAACAAUUGGAAGCGCCUGCAGCUCAUGAACAAGGCCAACAACGGAAUGACGGUGAUUCUAGACCACGACGGAUGGGGGUCGGGACCUCGCGAUGACUCGAUUCUGGCAGCCAAGCGACAGGCCAUGGUCGACGCGUUCAACUACGCCAAGAGCCAGAGCAUCAAGUACAACAUGGGCAUGAUUGAGUACGGCUCGUGGUUUAAGCUCCGGAACAAGGUUCGCGUGACUGGGCUCUACCAGGGCUCGACCUACUCUGGCAACCUGUUUGGCGCGCCAGGUGGCGACGUGCAAGACCUGACCCUCGAGUUUAGCGACCGUGUGGCGAGCUUUGAGUGCCCGGUGUGCGGUCCCUCAGCCAUCUACCGAAACCGCGUGGUGAUUAGCAGUCUCCCGGCCAAUGCCACUGCCUACUUUUCCGCGCGCGUCGGUCUCGUUCCGGACCAGACACCGCCCGUCGUUGUCGAUUCCGAGCUGCCGCCUGCGCCUGUCUCGCCCGUUUACACCUGCAGCAAUCCCCGCAUUCCCCUCAUUGUCAACAGCUUCCGCUACAUCACGACCUGGUACAACGACCUCAACCAGUACUGUGGCGACGAAGGAUCCAUGGCGAGUCUCACGCACGACUUUGCGAAUGGCAUCCUCUCGCUGAGAACGUCGCCCAGUGGCGACUCGAGCUGGUACUCGAUGCUGUGGAAUCCCGACUUUUCGUACGAGGUCGAUCCGGCCGGCGUGACGGGAGUGCGUGUGGUGAUUCGCGCCAACCCAGGAACCUCCAUGACCCUCAGCGUCCAGACCGGCAAGUCCGCCACCGGCAACGACGGCCGUGGCAACACGUACACGGCACCCUUGCAGCAGUACUUUGUCGGCGGAGCCACCGACUUUAUUCCCAACACCUGGAUGACCGUCCUUGUACCGUUUUCGGCCAUGGACGGUGUUGGCAGGUUGAACACCGACUGGCUCUUUGCUGUCGCCUUUACCGACAUCAUGCCCUUCGGAGCGUCGUUUGAUCUGCAUGAGAUUGCCUUUGUGACUGCGCCAUGCUAAGCCACAGGAAAGUUUGUUGGAAUGUUUUGUUUUUGUGUUUUUGGCGGAUUUUUUUUUUCUCGGCUCUCGCUAGUUUGUGUUUGGCUGCCGCGGUGUGUUUGAUGUUGGUUGUUUGACCCUGUGUAUAUAUAUACCUGUUGAGUGUA